AUGGAACCCUCUAAAUCCCUAGCUCUUUUCAAUCCCAUUCAGAUUGGACCGUAUCUUUUGCAACAUCGCGUCGUGCUUGCUCCUCUCACCCGAAUGCGAUGCACCAAGGACAAUGUCCCUCAAGAGGUGAUGGUCGAGUAUUACGGUCAACGAGCAAGCACAUGGGGAACACUACUUGUUAGUGAGGCAACGUUCAUUUCUCAGAAAGCGGGGUUGUAUUCCCAUGCUCCAGGUAUCUGGAAUGAAUCACAGAUAGAAGGGUGGAAGAAGGCAAGUGUUACAGAAGCAGUUCACGAGAAAGGCUCGUUUAUUUUUCUCCAACUCUGGGCUCUCGGACGUGCCGCGGACGUCGAGGCACUGCGUGCUGCAAAUUCUGAGUAUCCAUUUGUCUCCGCCUCCGAUAUACCGAUACCUGGAGGUGAAGGUCCUGAGAUUAAGCCUCGUCCGCUCUCCAAGGACGAGAUCAAGGAAUAUGUGAAAUUUUACGCUACAGCCGCACACAAUGCAGUGCACAAAGCUGGCUUUGACGGUGUAGAAAUUCAUGGUGCGAACGGGUACCUGAUUGACCAGUUUCUCCAAGAUGUUAGCAAUCACAGAGUUGACGAAUAUGGGGGAUCCGUGGAGAAUAGGUGCAGAUUUGCGCUGGAGGUGACUAGGGCGAUAGUUGAUGCUGUUGGCGAAGAGAGAACGGGGAUAAGAAUUGGACCGUGGGUACCUUUUCAAGGUAUGGGUAUGGUGAACCCAAAACCAACAUUCACCUACCUUGUUUCCCAGUUGAAGGUGUUAUAUCCCAGAUUCGCCUACCUACAUGUCAUUGAACCUGGCAUCUCAGGUGGUGCUUAUGUGGAAGCCUCGCCUUCAUUAUCGAAUGAUUUCCUUCGGGAUAUCUGGCUUCCUCGCCCCCUGAUUACGGCUGGAAAGUACAAUCGAGAAACUGCUUUCAAGGUAGCAGAAGAGGCAAGUAUCCGUUUACCGGCUGGUGCGGAGAAAGACUCGGGAGGGGAACUCGUUGCUUUUGGCAAGCUGUUCAUAGCCAACCCGGACCUUCCUACUAGAUUGAAAGAAGAUUCCCCGCUCAAUAACUAUGAUAGAGCGACAUUCUACAUCCCUGGAGAUAUGAGCGGUAGAGGAUACACGGAUUAUCCAUUUUGCACGUAA